AUGGCGCCAGCAGGUGCCCGUCCGUCGUCCAAGCCAACAAACACAGAAAACGCAGACCACAAAAAUGGCCCUGAGUCACCCCCUGACGACGGCAUCAUCAAAAUCGCUCCCAAGGGAGACAUAAUCUUACGGGUUACUUUCCUAACGUCGAAGGAGGCAAUCAGAGCAGCCAAAAGAUCUCUUCAACCCAGGCCCGGCCAGCGACCGCCAGCCUCGGCCGCGCAGCAGCAGCAACCUGCGCCGCUUCAAAGUCCCAAGGUCACAUACUCUUAUCGAGCAGACUUGGGCGUGCUCAAAAAACACUCCGAGUACUUCCGCGCCCUCUUGGAUGAGGCUGGCCCGUUCACCGAGGCACGGCAGGUCGCCGAUGCCCUGGAGGCCUUGACUCUGCGGGGGGUCAAGCCGGCGGACGUGGACGACGCAGGGAAGCUGCCGACCGUCGACAUAACUGACGACGAUGACGCCACCCGGUCCGCCCACCGCCACAGCGUGUUUGCAGAUCUGUUGCGUAUCCUACACGGGGUGCAGGCGAUGACCAAGCCGCCCACCAUGCUGUACGUCGUCACGUUGGCCGUCCUGGCCGACCGCUUCGAUUGCGUCGCCCCGGUGUCGCGCUAUCUGUCCUCUGAUCUCAAGUUCAAGUGGCCAGCCUCAAAGAUAAAAGCCGGAGGCCGCGACGACGAGAACGGAAUCGGAGGUCCACGGCUCGAGAAUGAGGAGGUUCUCCGGCAGCGCAUCCUCGCCGCUUGGCUGUUGGAUCAGCCUCUAAAGCUGCAUGCUGCCACGCGCGAGUUGAUUAUGUAUGGUUCAAAGCGCUGGGUACAGGCCGGUGAGGACCAAGAUGACAAAGGCUACGGAGAGAGCCUGCCUUCUUGGUGGGAUUUACCAGAUGAUCUUGAACAUGAACUCCAACUGCGCAGAGAAUGCAUCCUUGAUGCUCUGGCCUCGGUCCAAAGGCAUUUUCUCUCACUCUACUCGUCUCGCACGCAGGUUUGCAGACUCGGAUAUGACUCCAGUCCGGCAUGCGACUCGUUUCAGCUUGGACAGAUGGUGAAAUUCCUGGCGCACAAGAAACUGCUCUUCUUUGUCGACUUCUCUUCUGCCUCCUUGAGCACGAUUGAAGAUUUUGCAACCACCGACAUAGGACACAUAAUAUCGCUACUCUCACAGGUUACGAGCUAUCAAAUCGAUCGGAAUCAUACAAACUGCGGCCUGCGGAUCAAGAUACUUCCCAUUGUGGAAUACAUAAAGUCAAUGCUGUCUUCAAAUGUCAUAUCGAUACCCAGGAGUGCAUGGAAAAAGAACCGGGCCGCAACCUCCUGGAUGUGUUCUGCUGAGGAUGCAGAGACCAAAGACGAGGACAAAGUGUUUCGGUACACCAGGUCUGUGGCUGGUGACCAGCGUUUACGUUUCGAGGGCGCCAUGGCCAGUGAUCGGAUGGCGAGAGAGCUCUUUACGGCGAAAAGCUGGGACUGGACUCCGGAGGGUUGA